AUGGCCGACUACCGCUCUGCGAAUGGCUGGCCGCAGCAAUCCACCAACUACUCGCCCAUGGAUACCUCAUUUCAAUGGGACUACGCUGGCGUCCAGUCUCCCAAGAAUAUGGUUAGCCACUACAACGACCUUUUGCAGCGAGCGGCGGACUUCUAUGCCACGCUCGACAACUCCUUCGACAGCAUGUCGUCGUCUGGCUCGGACAGCUCUUACCGAUCAACACCCGAGCGACGAGUAUCGCCGACGAGUAGUAACGUCGUCGCCCAAGUCAAGAGUUCCAUUCCGGAUAAGAUUGAGAGGAGACGAGAACAAAACCGCUCUUCGCAGCGAGCAUACCGCGAACGCAAAGAGCGCCAUCAGAAGGAGCUCGAAGAGCAAAUCACCCAAUGGCAGCAAAAACACCAGUUGCUUUCCCGAUCGUAUUCGCAGCAGACUGAGGAAGUCACCCGACUGAAGGCCCAAAUCGAGCAACUCAACCAUGAAAUUACUCAGCUCCAGUCUGGCUUGCCCACUCUAUGUGGCUCGUUAUGCCAGUCGCCCCAGGAAUUCGAUCUCGUGCCAUUUUUCAACGCAGAUGCGCUCAGCCCACAGAGCACUCCACGGCUAUCGCAUUCCAUUCCAAGCAGGCGUGGCUCCUAA